AUGUCUGCCGCCAAUCCCCCCAAGUUCAUCUACAAGAUUCUGCCCGCCGCCCCUCAGGACCCGCUGCCUGAGCAGUUUCCCUUCUCACAGCUCGAUGCAAACGACGGCUUCGUUCACCUAAGCACGGCAACGCAGGUCCCAAACACGGCCGACUUGUUCUUUACUGAGGCGACUGAGCUGUGGCUCAUCAAGCUUGAGCUGGCAAAGCUGGCGGACCCGCUGAAAUGGGAAGACGGGUUCCCGCAUUUGUACGGCAACUUUGGCGCAGCAGAUGUCCAGAGCUUGGAGAAAUUUGAGAGGAAAGAGGGGCAAAAGUGGUCGGAAGGCAUGAAGGCCUCAUAUUGGCUAGAGUAA